CCAACUGAAAUCACAUCCCAAAUUCUUGUCCAUUCUCUCCCGAAAUACCGUUACUUGUAUCCUUCAUCAAAGCUCGCACCCCUGCUCUUGACGAGAAUUUGCCGCCGAUGGAAGGAUGUUGCUGUGGGUUUGCCCAGUUUAUGGUGUAGGCUAUACUUGGACGUCAACGAAGUCCAUGGCAGACUGGCAGCCGAUAGCUUCUGCUAUGACUCAUGGCUCAGAAGAUCACAAGGACUUCCACCCAUUGGAAUUUCAGUGCUACACAGGUAA